UUGUAUAUGGAUAUUUUGAUAAAAGAUGAAAAUACUCGAAAAGAGCUACUGUCGAGAGGCAAAGUGGUUGGACGAUGAUUACGUAGCGAUGUUCGACGAAUACAAGGAGAACGGAGCUUCUUCGUCUGGCACCUAUACAGUAAUAGCCGCAAGCUUUGCGGGGAUGGUUGAUUUCGGCAAUCUUGAAGCCUUCGAAUGGCUAAGCUCACGCCCUAUACCUCUCCAAGCCGCUGAAACUAUCAUGAGAUUCAUGGACGACAUUGCUGGCCACGAGAUGGAACACAAGCGGAAACACGUGGGAACGGCCAUUGAUUGUUACAUGAGGCAGUACGGCGUUUCGAAGAGCGAAGCCAGGGACGAGAUCCGAAACAUGAUAUCGGAUUCGUGGAAGGAUCUGAAUGGAGAACUGAUGAGGAGGCCUCACACUGUGCCUUUCCCUCUUCUGAUGCGAAUUCUGAAUAUAUUGAGGGGCACUGAGGUGUACUACAAGUACGGUGACGGGUACACCGAGCCGGAGCGCGUGAAGGAUUACAUCGUCUCUUUACUCAGACAAAACAUACCCAUCUGAGUAUUGUAUCAAUGUCUUUUUAACAAUAUUUCGGACUUACUAGUGUUUCCUAACAUUAUUCGUAAGUGUAC